ACGGCCGCUUUUCUCCUGGCAACAAGUGACGCGUCCUGGGGCGGGCCAAUCCUGGCUGCCGCUCGCUGUCCCGGCGCAACGCUCCGCCAGACCGAACCCGGCUGCGCGCCCGCUCCGCGCAGCCUGCGCGCCGCGCCGCGGGGGGAUGGCGCGGCCGGCGGAGCUCUGCCUGGCCGCCUGCGGCCUCGCCUGCUUCCUCGUCUGUUGCGCGGCCCAACGGGACCCUUCAGGCCAUGAUGCUUUUACCAUUCGCCAUGACACACUCAACAAGUGCAUACAAGUUAAAAACUCACGGAUAUUGAUAGAUGACUGCAGGGAGACAAGUGAAGCUUUAUGGAAAUGGGUAUCCCAGAAUCGCCUCUUUCAUUUGGGGUCCAAGCAGUGCCUGGGACUUGAUAUAUUCACCAAAGCUCUAUCUCGCCUGAAAAUGGUUGAUUGUAACUCAGAACUAAUGCUGUGGUGGCGAUGUGCUGAUGCUUCUAUCCUUGGUGCAUCUCAGUACAAAGUGACUGUCAAGAGUACCUAUGUGACUGCAAGCAUAAAUGCAACAGACCAGUGGAGAAGCAACAGUUCUUCUGAUGAUAUAUGUCAGUACCCUUACCAUGAAGUUUAUACCAAAGAUGGGAACUCCUACGGAAAGCCCUGUGAGUUCCCUUUUCUUUAUAAUAAGACGUGGCAUCACAACUGCAUUCAGGAUGGAACACAUACGGGUGGGAAAUGGUGUGCCACAUCUGAAGAUUAUACUCAGGAUGGAAAAUGGGGAAUCUGCUUGCAACCAGAGGAUGGUUGUCAUGAUAUCUGGGAACAUGAUCCGGGGUCUGAAAGUUGCUACCAGUUUAAUACACAGUCUGCUCUUUCUUGGAAGGAAGCUUAUAUUUCAUGUCAAAGGCAAGGAGGCAAUUUGCUUAGCAUCCAGGAUGCUUCUGAAUUAAGUUACAUACAAGCUAAGGAUUACAUUGCUGAGAUCUUUUGGAUUGGCUUAAACCAACUGGAUGUUUCUGGAGGUUGGCAGUGGUCAGAUCACAAACCUUUGAAUUUUCUCAACUGGCACCCAGAUAUGCAGAGUUCAUCCCUGCUGGAUGGGACUAGCUGUGUGGUGAUGAAUGCUGCUUCAGGUCUGUGGCAGAGUUACCACUGUGGAACUCCACUUCCAUAUAUUUGCAAGAAGUCACUCAAUGAAACUUCAAGCCCUCCAGAAUUUUGGAGACACUUGGAUACUCGCUGUGAUUUGGGCUGGCUUCCCCACAAUGGUUUUUGCUACAUGCUGAUGAGCACCCUGGAACCUUGGAAUAUGGCAGAUGUGUUUUGUAAAAUAAAUAAGAGUAACCUCAUCAGCAUACAUUCCUUAGCAGAUGUUGAACUGGUUUUUACAAAGCUUCAUAAUGAUGCUAAAGAAGAAAUAUGGAUGGGUCUCAGGAAUGAAGAUGUACCAACCUUGUUCAAAUGGUCAGAUCACUCAACUGUGGAUUUUACGUAUUGGGAUCAGAAUGAACCAAAGGUUCCUUUUAACAGCACUCCUAACUGUGUGUCAUAUGCAGGCGAGCUGGGACAGUGGAGAGUCAGAUCCUGUGAAGAAAAAUUGAAAUAUGUGUGCAAGAAAAAAGGAGAGAUUUUGAAUGAAACAAAAUCAGAUAAAAGUUGUUCAUUGGAAGAGGGAUGGGAGAGACAUGGAAACUACUGUUACAAGAUUUAUAAAAUGGAGGUUUCAUUUGGAGCACAGUGCAAUCUGACAGUGAUGAACAGAUUUGAACAAGAAUUUAUAAAUAGUCUAAUCAGAAAACACACCGAAGUUGAAGAAAAAUACUUCUGGACUGGUUUGCAGGAUAUUAGCCAAUCAGGAAUAUAUUCCUGGGGUACAGUGGAGGGGGAAAAAACUCAAGCUGUGACAUACACUAACUGGAAUUCCUUGCAACCAGAGUUUUCAGGAGGAUGUGUGGCCAUGCCCAGUGGAAAGUUUCUUGGAAAAUGGGAAACUAAGGAUUGUAAAACCACUAAAGCAUUUUCUGUCUGCAAAAAAUAUAUUGGGCUGCCCAAGGAGCCAGAAGUGCUCCCAAAGCCAACUGACCCCUGUCCCCCUGGGUGGCACAAUGGAUCUGGCCUUGCCUGCUACAAGUUCUUCCACAGUGAAAGAGUUCUGCGAACCAGGACCUGGGAAGAGGCAGAGAGGUUCUGUGAAGCGCUGGGAGGCCAUCUGCCUAGUUUUAGUCACUCAGAGGAAAUCAAGGCACUUCAUUCUAUCCUGAGAAAAAUAAUCAGCAAUGACAGAUGGAUAUGGAUUGGAAUGAAUAAGAGGAGUCCAGAUUCUUUGGGGACCUGGCAGUGGAGUGACGAUAAACCUGUAACUAGUGUUAUGCCACUUGACUACCUGGAAGAUGAAUAUGAUACAAGAGACUGUGCUGCAUUAAAGACCUCUCAGUUUUCACGGAGAUUGUUUUGGAGAUUUUAUUUCAAUGAAGGCAGAGACCUGGAAUUUUACUUCAAGCCUUUUGACUGUGAAGCUAAACUUGAAUGGGUCUGCCAGAUAACAAAAGGUAGCACUCCGAAGACACCUGAGUGGUACAUACCAGAUGAAAUUGGAAUUCAUGGAGCCCCACUUGUGGUUGAUGGAGCAGAGCUCUGGUUCGUACCAGAUAAAAACCUGAGCUUCCAGGAAGCUAUUUUCUACUGUCAAAAAAAUGAUAGUGAUUUAGCCUCUGUAGACUCUUACCCAAAACUCAGGACAAUAUUGACUCAAAUAGAAAAGUUAUCAAACAGUGAACAGAAGUGGUGGCUGAAGUUCAUCGAUUAUGGCCACAGUUAUCACUCACCUUUACAGUUAUUUCCACGCUUCCAUGAUCGAUUCCUGAGGGAUUGCUGGUAUGUUUCUAGAAAGAACUGGUAUAGAGACUACCCAGUUAACUGUAACAUGAAACUGCCCUUCAUCUGUGAAAAAAAUAAUGCCUCCUUACUAGAGAAGCAUGAUCCCAGUUACCGCCCAGUCAGAGGAGGCUGCCCUAAAGGUUGGAGCCGGUUCCGGAAUAAGUGUUUUUUUAAGAUGAAGCCUGAAUAUUUAACAUUUAAUGCAGCCAAUGAAAAAUGUGUAACUUUUGGAGGCUCUCUUCCAUCUAUCUCAAAUCAAGCUGAGCAAGAUUAUAUAACAUCCUUGCUUCCUGGUAUGCCAAAAGAUAUUUGGAUUGGUUUGCAGUUUCUGUUCAGCACAAGGGAAAACAAAUGGAUAGAUGAGAGCAGACUGCUGUAUAGUAACUUUCACCCACUCCUGACAGGAAGAUUAAGGAAAAUUCCACUGGAUCUUUUUGAUGAAGAAUUUAACAAUCAGUGUGGUGUAAUCCUCAAUGAUCCCAAAUCACAGUAUGUUGGAACAUGGAAUUUCACUGCUUGUGCUGACAAGCACUUCUUGGGUAUAUGCCAGCGGCCUAUAGGUACAGGAACUGCUGAUAACCAGACAGAGCAAGUCCUUAAUGAAACACUGAGCUAUCAAAAUGUUGAAUACAUGGUCAUUCUGAAAAACUUGUCCUGGAAUGAUGCAGUGGCUGCAUGUAUAAGUAACAAGAUGCAGCUGGUUAGCAUCACAGAUCAGUUCCAGCAGGCUUUUCUUGCUGUCCAGGCUGCCCUUCAUAAUUAUCCAUUGUGGACUGGACUUUUCAGCAGAGAUGGUGGAAAACAUUAUGGCUGGCUGGAUGGGAAACAUGUUAGUUUUAGUCGCUGGGCUGAUGAUGAUGAAGAAACAAGUGAAGAAUGUGUGUUUUUGGACACUGAUGGCUUCUGGAAAACUUCUGACUGUUCCUCUGAAAAUCGAGGUGCUAUUUGCUAUGCAUCAGAAAAGAAAACUGAAGAAGAACAAGUUACACAAAUUAAGUGCCCACAUAAGAUUAAAAAUACACCCUGGAUAUCAUUUAGAAACAAUUGUUACACUUUCAUGAUAACAAAAAACAGAUGGAGAGAACUGAAGUCUCAAGAAGCUCAUCAUUUAUGCAAGAAAAUGAACCCAGAAGCAUUUGUUCUGAGCAUUCGAGAUGAAGAAGAGAAUGACUUUGUAACUGAGCAGCUUCGUUCGUUCAGUGGUCUGGCUAUGUGGGUCUGGCUGGGGGUCAUUUAUGAUGACAGUGAUAAAGUUCUCAAGUGGUAUGAUGAAACUCAUCUGACUUACAAUAACUGGAGGCUGGGAAGACCUGACAUAAAGAAGAACAGUUUUUUUGCUGGUGUAAAUCUUGAUGGUUUUUGGGAUAUUUAUAAUUAUUCUCAAAGCUGGCACGCUCAGCACUAUAAUGUGUACAGUAUUCUCGCCUGUAAAAUCGAACGGGGACCCCGGCAGCACAAGCCUCCAUUGCCUGAGUCUAUUCCACAUGGAAACAGGACAUACAGAAUCCUUCAGAAAAAGCUGACGUGGUAUGAGGCAUUGAGAGAAUGCAAGCAAAACGGGAGUGAUUUAGCAAGUGUGCACAGUGAAUCACAACAGUUAUUUCUAGAAGAUAUUGUCAAGCAGGAUGGCUAUCCUCUGUGGCUUGGGUUGUCAAUUCAUGAUGGAAGUGAAGGUAAUUUCGAAUGGUCAGAUGGAAGCAACUUUGACUACUAUCCUUGGGAAUUAGAAAACUCAAACACUACUGAGAAUUGUGUUCUCUUGAAUACUAAAGGAUCUUGGAACCGUACAAAAUGUACAGAUACUGCUGAAGGUGCCAUUUGCUUUAGCCUUCCAAACAAGAUACAUUUAAAGCCAAAGCAAGUGAGCAGAGCCUCAGGAUGCCCACGGGUUGGCAGUACCCUACAGUGGGUGCAGUAUAAGGAUCAUUGCUAUGCAUUUGACAUGGCGUUCUACAAUUUCUCAGUAUAUAAUGCGGAAGAGGCCAAGAAAGUCUGCCAGAAACUGAAUCCUUCAGCAACCCUCCUGACUAUUGCAGAUGCUGAAGAAAAUGCAUUUGUGAGCACACACAUAAAGGAAAAUGAUCUCAUCACCAAGAACGUAUGGCUUGGCCUGGCUCAGAGCUCUAAGGAUCAGUCCCUGAACUGGCUAGAUGGCUCAUCAGUUAAUUAUGCCAACUGGGAAAAUAAAACUGCAGAAGUCAAUAAAAAAUGCAGUGUUAUCCUGUCCACGACUGGCAUGUGGUCCAAAGUUGACUGCAGUCGUAGUCAAAGCAGAGUGGUUUGUAAAGCUCCUUCAGGUUCUAAUCAUACUGGGGUGGCUGUAGCACUUGCCCUGCUAAUUAUCUUGGUCUUCAUUGUGGGAUUAGUGUGGUGUCUCUGUAAAAAGAAGCGUCUUCCCUGGAGUGCCUUCUCUACAGUGCGUUAUCAAAGAGGGAUGAAUGAUGAUGAUACUGAUGAUGUGCUCACAAAAGAUACCUAUUGAGGAACUGUUCUGGGAAAUUUAGUACGAACUUCACUGUGUGAAGCCAUAAGGAAUUAAUUACUUGAUGUUUUAUUACUUAUUUUUUGAAAAGUAUUAAGAAGGUUAUUAAUGGGGGCUAAAUUUUGUUCUUUUAUACAAGUGCAAUUUUUAUUCAAGUCUAUUGUUUUUAUUUACAUUUGGCAUCAAGCAUUUAAGAUGCAAGAUUUCUAGAGUUCUGCCAUAUUUUUAAAUUUACAGUAUUUUCUCUUUACUGGAAAUAAUUUUUAAUGAAAUAAUUAAUGCCAACAACACUUUAUGCAAUAUCACCUUAAAAAAAUGCACUUAGAAUUGUGGCAUGAAUUCCAUAACUUUGUACAAUUAUCCAUUAAUAACUUCAUGCCAAAUGAUGUACCAUUUUGAUAUGCUAUAAGGGUUUUGCUGCUAGUGUUGGGUUGUCCUGUACACAAAGUUGUAAAUAGGAGACAAAAUGUCUUUGUGUAGCAACUUUUGUAAUAAACAGUUAUAAAUUUUGAUAUAGCAGGGGAAAGGGAGUUACCAGACAACUAAGUAUUCACUCCCAUCCAAUUAGAAUUUAAGUUUUCUUGUUACAGUGUAGAAAGAUCAUACUGUGAUUUAUAACCCUGAGUUUAUUUAUUUUAUUACACCAAAAAAAUUACAUUACAGUGGUAAGAGAAGAAUCUUCCUUAGAAUGUAGAAUGUACAUUUUGAGUAGAGAGUUAUGGGGAAUACCCUGCACUAAAAACAUGCCUUCUAAGAGUAAGUUAAAUAAACACAGAAUAUUUGAAGCCUGGGACUGUGGCAGGCUGACAGAUCAUUGCUCUUACCCCCUGAAGGUGGUAGUGGGGCCAAAAAAACCCCACCCAUUAAAGGCUAACUGCCAACACAAGUAGCACCCAAGAUACAGUAAAAGCCUUAGCCCUAUAAAAGCAAACAUUUGAAUGUUACGUUGUAUCCUGCGAUGUAACUGUUCUUUAAGUAGUGGUUCAAUUUCCUUUCACAGCUCUUUUCACAAAGUUUUGAAAACACAAAUAGCAGGAAUGUUUACAAUGAAAAUCUUGACCUAAGCAUUCAUUAACUAGGAUUUAAAAAACCUGCACUUAGAGUAGUAUUUAGAGAAAGAGAUACUGCAUUCUAUCUUAUGUCUUCAAAGUAUUCUGAAAUUAGACCCAAGUGAUUUUCUUGUAGAUCAGAACACAGAAAAGACCUCCUCCAUUUUAUGAUCUGUUGCAUCGUGACACCAAGGACAGGAGUUUUGUGGGGACAGUGUUCCUUGUUCUGUAACAAGAUCCUUCUGACAUUUACUUCCCCUAAUACUCUUAUUUAUAUACUAGGGUUAAAUGCCUAACUUCAUAGGUGAAAUAUGCCAUCUGUCCAAGAAACAGGAUAAAGAUAGAUACCUAAGGAAAGAGUGAGAAAGAAUGUAUGGUAAAUCAACUUGUGUACAUAAAUGCUAAAAAUACUUGACUAUUUUACAUAAAACUUAAACUUGACUUUUGUAUGUGAUGUGUCACUGUGGCCUUUUCUAUGCACUCCAAAGAAAGCUCUAAAGGGAAAAAAAAGGGAAGACAGAAUUCUAUCUACUAAUUACUCUAAUGAUUUGAUCAAUUAAUGUUUUUUAAAUGUCUUUAAACUUAUUUAAUGCACAAUACAAAGAACAGGCACAUUUACUUUAAUGAAGGAGGAUAUGUAAAAGUCUAAAUCUGUUCCCCAUGUAAUGCUGGUAUGAUAGGACAAAUAGGAAUGAACUUGGUCUGAUGUGCUGAGAAAAGUACUACUGAUUUCUCUGAAGCAACAGUGUGAGGUCAUGAUGUCCAACUGCCUUUUUCUCCCCCCCUCCCCCCUGCAGUUUAUUUAUGUUGACAGCACUUUUCUUUGUUCCUGUUUGCACUAUUUUGAUAAGCAAGUGUUUAUCAUUUGUAUUGAGAAAUAGAGAACUUAUUGUAGGUACUGCUUUAGAGCCUGUUAAAACAGCAGCCUGAUGGGGCACAGUAAAGGAAGCCUGGUGUUAUUUUGCUGAUCAAAGAAGUAAGCACUUUUGUUGUUUAUUUGGUACUUUGGGCACAACUGUUAACAUUUUCUUUCUUUGAGGUAACUUGUAGAAAAAAUAGUAUGAUGCUAGUUACUAUACAAUGAAAAUAAACCUCACCCACCUUAAACUUACCCUGGUAUGAGAAGUGUUUGAAACAUAACAAAGCCUGGUUCCUGUCAUCUCCUGGUUAAGUUUUAUAUGCCUAAGUGCUUUACCAAAUAACUUUUAACUUAAUGGACUAACAGAGUGUUCUUUAUUGUCCUUUUCCAACAACAGUAAUAAGUGGGGAAAAGUAUUUACAAAUUCUCAUGUUUUGAGAUUUGCUAGUUUUAUAGAUGUUUAUACUUUGAGCAUUUUUAGGUGUGAAUUUGAAAUUGAAAAUGGAAAUUAGUAGUAAAAUCUUAAUUAUCCAACACAUUAAGAUAUACUUUUUAUCUUUUAAAAAUUGUAUUUUAUUCUUAUGAAUGAUGUAAAUAAUUUUUAACACCCCAUUUCUCAUGUUCAUUUCAUCAUACACAAGUUGUCUAAUCACUGGUAAUUCUUAUUUGAGAAAGCACAACUGCCUUAGUGCAGGUGAGUAACCCACUUUAUUUGAAAUAUGUAGAAGGAUUAUUUAGCAGUAUUGUUAUUGAAAAAAUAAAGUUAAAGAAAACAUUAAA